AUGGAAAUCACAAGAAAAAACUUCAAUGAAGAAUUGGAAAAUAUAACCAAAAAUAUAAAACUUUCAUGUUUUGUUGGAUUUGAUGCUGAAUUUACUGCAAUCCUAGCCGGAGAAUGUUUCAAACACAGAUUAUUUGAUAGCAAUAAAGACAGGUAUGACCGUAUGAAAAAUGAAGUAAGCAAAAUGAUCAUGACUCAAGUUGGCUUGACAAUGUUCCAAUAUGAUCGAAAUCGUGAUGAUUAUGUUGCUGUUGGGUAUACUUUUCAUUUAUGUCCUCAAGUCUUUGGUGAUAUUGAUCAAUCUUUUAUUUUUCAAGCUUCUACACUUAACUUCCUUUGUAAACACAACUUUAACUUUAAUAAGUUUACAUAUGAAGGACUUCCAUACCUUAGUAAAGCCGAAGAAAAUCACAUAAGACAACAGUUAAAAAAUAAAACUUUAUUUGAUAAUUUAAUCAAUACAAUGGAAAUGGCAGGUGAAAAGAAACUUCAAGAAUAUUGUUCAAAGGUUUCAAAGUGGAUAACUGAUGAUGAAGAAGAUACAUUGUAUUUAGAUGUAGAAAACCCAGUAAUGCGGUACAUAGUCCACAAUGAAGUAAGGCAGCGCUUCCCAAAUGUGCUCACAACUAAUAGCUUAGGUAAUAGUAAUAAGGUCCUUAUAUACAAAGAUAAAUAUGUGGAAGGAGCGAACGCCGCACCAAUGGCUAUCUUAGAAGAAAAUCUAAUGAACGAUAUAUUAGGAUUCUCACUAAUAAUAGAACUGCUAGCGGUACACAAAAAACCUAUUGUCGGCCACAAUAUAUUCCUUGAUGUGAUACUUUUGCACAACCAGUUCAUUGGGCCCUUACCAAAAAAUUAUGAAGCAUUCAAAAAGAACAUACAUAACUUAUUGCCAAUGAUUUUUGAUACAAAGUAUAUAUCACACGAGAUGGGACGGAAGCUAACAUUUGAUGAAGUGUGGAAAUCUAAUGCUCUGCAAGAUCUAUAUGAAUUCUUCUCACAGCGUAAAUGCAAGAAAUUGGAAGAAGGGGUUAAUUUUAUAAAAUUAAGUACUCCAUUUGAUGUGAAGCAAACCUAUCAUGAAGCUGGAUGGGACUCAUAUUGCUCAGGUUACUGCUUCAUUCGGCUGGGACACUGGGCGGCGUGCGAGAUAAGCGGCAAGUACCGGGCGGUGGCGCCCGCGCAGAAGUUGGCGGCAUUGGCGCCUUACAGCAAUCGAGUGAAUGUCAUACGGGGAGCUGUGCCUUAUAUGAACCUGGUGGACAACGACCCUCCGAGCCAUCGCCCUGAUUUGCUUCAUAUCAAAUCUAUGAAGGAACGUGCUAUUAACGUUGGAAAGGUGACGUCGCUCUUUGCCUCCUUCGGCGCGGUGGACAUCAAGCCUUACGGAAAUCGAACCGCCCUCAUCGCGGCCGGCACGCAUUACACAGCGGAUAAAAUAUUGAAGCAGUUUAAAAACAAUAAAGAAUACAGAAUUACUCCAUUUAGCGUGUUCAAGCACUCGCCGGCGGGCCGCGUGAGUAUAUGGAGCAGCGCUUUAAUAACUGGCAGUAUCUUACUUUUCUUUUUACACAGAAGAGUAAAUAAA